AUGGACAUUGAAAACGCCCUCGGUCACUCUCUAGGAUCGGAUCAACAAACACAGGCCAAGGACGGCCCUCCGCCCAAAGAAAUGCCACUGCUGGAGCGCUCGUUGAAAAGGAUUGGGUUCUUUGUUCCCCAAUAUAUUGCUAUGUACAAGCCCCUUAUAACUCUGCUUUACAUUACAGACUACUAA